AUGAUAGAAGGACCUCCACAUCAGAGCCAGAGACGCUGUCCCUGGAAGAAGGAAGCCUUCAGCUUGGCAUCCAACUUGACAAUCAGCAUCAAUGGGACAGGGGCUGGGAUGAGUCGGGAAGUCACAGGAAAGGAGCUGUCGGGGACCUCACAGGGCUAUUCGAAGACCUCGCACUCUCGUCUGGAGAUAAGCAGCUGCCUCGGCCGAGGUGGUGAAAAAGUUGGAAGAUUCAUCCCACUCUCCCACCAGUGUGUUCAUUUUUCGCCCAACAGUAGACCAUCUGUGAGAGGGAGGAGGCUGCUGCACCCUGAGACCUUUGUGGACCUGCAACUCAGGAUUCUCCAUUUCACCAGCAUUGAACCACACAGAAGGUUCACAAAGAUGGAUACUCUGUUGGAUCUCGCUAUACAGAGUCUGCUGAGAAAUGAGUCUGUAGCAAUCCAAGCUCUGCAGGAUAUGCCAAGAGUCUUUUUUGUUCCCCUGUUCAUUGCUGCCUUCGAGGGUGGGCAUAAGAAUAUAUUGAGUGAGAUGGUGAAAGUGUGGCCCUUUCACUGUCUCCAUAUUGGGUCAUUAACUGUACAGAAGCCUCAACAUGAACUCCUGAAAGCCAUGAUUGAGAAUUUUCCAGUGCGUCCUUCAAAGAACUCUGCUUCUAGGUUACCCAAACUGAGGAUCCUAGAUUUAAGGCAAGACAACGGCUAUAAGACCACAUGUCAUGAUGUCAGAAUCAAAGAACCUUUCUGUUUUCAUUCUUGUGCUUUUUCUGACAGCUCUAUCCUGAAAAUAGAAGGGCAGAAUCAUUUUGUAAAUUCAGAGCCCAUGAUUCAGUUCCCCAGGCCUGUAGAGUUACUAGUGGACCUUUCCCUAGAUGGCUCCUUAGUGGAAAAAGAAUUUUUGGUUUUGCUUAUAAGUAAAAUUAUGGAGAGUUUAGGGUCUUUGCGCAUAUGCUGUCAAGAUUUGCAAGUUGAUAAACUGUGUAACAGCAUAUGCACCCUGAAUUUUCUUGAUCUCAACUGUGUUGUUCAGUUGUCAAUUCAUAGGGGUUCACUGAGUGAUAUCACCAAUGUCCUGUCUCAGAUGGACCACCUAGAGAGCCUCAGUCUGUCUAAAGUCACUUUUAGAUCUCUGAGUGGGAAAGUCUUUAAAAAUUUCCUCGGUCACUUGCGGCGUAUGAACUACCUUAAGGAAGUCAGCUUGUCUUCAUUCUGUCUCACAGGGCAUCUGGACAGAGUGCUGAGAGUCCUGCCACCUGGACUGCAUUUCUUGUGUCUGCCCUUCUGUGAUCUUUCGUACAGAGACUUCAGAUUUAUGGCCCAGAGCUCUCAGGUCUCCCGCCUAAAGCUGUUGAAUCUUAGCAACAACCCAAUGUGUUGGAAUGAUUUUGAGCCUUUUCAAACUCGUCUGGUAAUUUUCUCUGGUACUCUUCGACAUCUAGAGAUAAAUCAUGGCCUUAUAAAUGAUACUGCAAUCUCUGUCCUUAUCCCUGCCCUGACUCGUUGUACUCAACUCCGUGUCCUGUGCUUUGCUUCUAACCCCAUCACAAUGCCUAUGCUUGUGACUAUGGUGAAUAAUUUAACACCCUUGAAGAAACUAAAAUACGUGAUUUAUCCCAUCCCUGUACAUUGCUAUGCAGUAUGGCCUUUUCAGGGCAGUAUAGACCGAAGGAAGCUUGCUCUUGUACAACUACAACUGAAGGUGAUGCUAGAGCUUGCAGAGAGGGCUGACAUGACCUGGAUCACUUACUUAGAAUAA